UUAAUUCAAAGAAUAUGAAUGGGAAUUCAUUCCACCAAUCCAAAUAAUUAGAUACGGAAUCUUGUGUUCAUUUUGCAAAUCCGGAUCCGAGCACGUUUAGUAGAAAUCGACUCAACACCGCACUGAAAUAAUUUGUGAAUGAAUUUAAGAAUCGUAUGCGUCUGAAUUUGGAGUGAAAAGAUGUGAAACAGGAAGAAACGAAUUCCAAAUUAUUGUUCCAUUAAAGAAAUAAAAUUUAAGUUUCAAGCAGCAUGCACUUUUUGAGAGACUGUCUGUUUCGUCAUACAACAUAUUUUUUGAAACAAAAUAAAUUUUUAUAUUAUUUGAGCCAAAAUCAAAAUAGAGUCGAGUUUCACCUUUGCGUUUCUUUGCUCCAAACUAAUAAACAAGAUAUUCCACCUGAGAUAAAACCGGCUUCUGAUGAUGGUGUUUGGAUUGGGCCUCCACAUCCUGUUUCUCAACUAAGACUUAAAGUUUUUCCUGAGUCUACAGAUCUUACUAAGGAAGAAAGAGAAUUUUACUCACAAUGCAAGAAAACACAAGCAUGGAAUCACGAAUAUUGGGAAGCACAUAAUAAUGAUUUUCACAAGUCCAGGAAUCUGUUCAUUGACAAAGUGGCAAAAGAGAAAAAUUUAACUAGAGAUGAAGUAGCACAAAGUGAUGAUAUGUCUCUCUUUUAUGAGCAUUUCUUAAAAAGAAACUAUUCAAAACAUAUUGCAUAUAAUUGGAACUGGUACAAGAAAAAUUUUGAGCUACUGUAUUUGAGUGCAAAAGUGAACUUCUCAAAAUUAAAAAAGAUUUUCACUGGCUGAAGUUCCUUCAGAAUUCUGUAACAGUAAUUUGAAAUGUUUCGAACUUUUUGGAAAAAAAAAAAAGUUCAAGUAUUUACUCAUGAAUGUUUUAAUUGCACAUUUGCAACACAGGAUGUAAAAGUUUACUUUUUACUCACAUAUUCUGUAUAUUAAAAAUGUUAAUAAAUUAUUAAUUUCACAGAAUUAAAUUAAAAAAAAAAAUUGGAAUUAUAAAGCUGAAUUUUUUUAAAAGGCAAAGGUGUAUCUGCAUUUAUUAUUACACUGGUCGACAGUUUUUUUCAUCUGUUUGUAGUCUCGAAUUUUUAAAAACCGAUUUUGAAUAUAUUUUGUUGCUGGAUUCAACUAUAAGAACAACUUUUGUUUAUUAGCUAUACUUUUUGAGAUUCAGUGUAACUAAAUACUGAAAUUUUAAAUAACAUGUUGUCCUCCAGACAAAUUAAUUACAUGAAAAGAGAGAAAAACAAAAAAAACAAAGAAUAUUACAUUUGUUCUCGCAUAAGAAACCUUGCUUGAUUGAAGGAAAAAUGGUGCUAUAGUUUUCAUCAUAAAGAAGAUUACAUUCCAUAAAUACAAGUGAUUUGUGUAGAAAAUAAUAAUUUCUCUCGUUGGUUUGUAAAGGGAAUACACAAAAUAAUCUUGCUUCUUAUGUUUAUGGCACUGUAGGAACAGCAGUACUGUUGGAUAAAAAAAAAAGUCUUAUAAAAGAGAAUAUUGGGUAGAGAAAAUAAAUUCAAUUUGCGAACAACACACAAUCAUUUUGCCCCCUACUGCAUAUAAAGCUAGUGUUAAUAAGAGCUCUUGCUAUGUAUACAUAGGAAAAAUGAUGGAAUAUGAACAGAAACUUAUGCUGAAAUUAUUGAUGAUCUUCUAAUCAGUUCAAUAAUAAUUAUCAUUUUGUGGAUUUCAUGAAUGAGACAGAAUGAAUUUCAUUUGUGUUUAUUAUUAAGAAUAUUUUGGGUAAUUGUGACUGAAAAGUAACUUGAUAUAAUUAACAAUGUGCUUAACAUCAUGACCAUGAUUGUAAUAAAAGUAUAUUAUUUCCUUAGUCAUUUAAGUUAUAAUAGCAAAGAACAUGGUUCGCUAGGACAUAAAGACAAUGGAGAACUUAUACCAUGGUAGAUGGAAUACUCAUACAAUGGUAGGUUACUAUAGGAAUUUGCAAAAAGGGGGAUCAGAAUAUUAAACAGAAGAAAUUUUAAUAACAGUUUUUUUUUGUUUGUUUCAUUCUUCUUAUGUCAGAACUAUUGUUGCUUUUUAUAAUUAUACAAAAAGUUUACAUAAUUUGUACAGAUAAAGAUUUAAUUUCAUGCCAAAACUCUAAGUUUACUUUAUUAUGCUACUGUAAAUAAUGCUAUUGUCAAAUAUUACAAACAAAAGAUAGUGAAAAAAAAAAAAAACUUGUUAUAUUUGUUUUCAGCAUAUGAAAUACACAUAAAAAUCAAUAAAAUAAAUC